AUGCGCAAUAGAGAACCUUUCUCUCUGUUUGUUCCUUUAAAUGUUUGGAACCUUUUUCUCGCCAUUUUCUCAACCAUGGGAGCUUUUAAACUUAGUUAUGAAUUUUUUGAAACAAUUUUGACACAUGGACUACAGAGUUCUUAUUGCCAUGUCCAUAAUUAUACUCUUGGAACAAACGGAUAUUGGGUCUGGCUUUUUAUUGUCAGUAAAAUGUUUGAAUUGAUGGAUACUGUCUUUUUGGCAAGUUUAGAUUUUUUUCGGUGUUAA